GGACCUUCCGAGGCGUGUGCAAGAAAAUCGACCACUUCCCCGAGGAUGCUGAUUACGAGCAAGACACGGCCGAGUAUCUGCUCCGAGCAGUGCGAGCCUCCAGCAUCUUCCCCAUCCUCAGCGUGGGUCUGCUGUUCUUUGGGGGCCUCUGCGUGGCGGCCAGCGAGUUCUACAAGAGCAAACACAACGUCAUCCUCAGCGCCGGCAUCUUCUUUGUCUCUGCAGGUCUCAGCAACAUCAUCGGGAUUAUCGUCUACAUCUCGGCCAACGCAGGGGACCCGGGGCAGAGCGACUCCAAGAAGAGCUACUCCUACGGCUGGUCCUUCUACUUCGGAGCCCUGUCCUUCAUCAUCGCCGAGAUGGUGGGAGUGAUCGCCGUGCACAUGUACAUCGAAAAGCACCGCCAGAUCCGCGCCAAGUCCCACUCGGAGCUGCUGCAGAAGUCGGCCUCAUCCACCGACAUCUCCAUGUUCACCCUCUCCAGGGAUCCCUCCAAGGUCACCAUGGGGACGCUGCUCAACUCGGAGCGGGACCAUGGGUUUUUACAGGUCCAUAACUCCAUCCCCAAAGAGUUCAAGGAGUCUUUGCACAACAACCCGGCCAACAGACGAACCACGCCGGUGUGA